AUGGAAAAGAUUCCAUAUAGUUGUGCUAUUGGCAGCUUGAUGUAUGCUCAAGUAUGCACUCGUUCUGAUAUGGCAUUUGCUAUUAGUGUCCUUGGUAGAUACUUGAAUAAUCCUAGAUGGAGUCAUUGGAAAGUUGCAAAGAAAGUUAUGAGAUAUUUGCUCGGUACUAAGAAUUAUAUAUUGACUUACAAAAGAUCUAGCAAUCUGGAAGUCAUUGGGUACUCUGAUUCUAACUUUGCAAGCUGUGUAGAUGAUAGAAAAUCUACUUAUGGUUACAUCUUUAUGAUGUCUAGAGGAGCUGUUUCUUAG